GAGACUGGGGUGAGUUCUUUCAACAUCCAUGUAAUGUGUGGUAAACUGUUACAGAAACUGCAUCUAAUCUUUAAAAAUACAGAAUUUUGUGUUUAUAAGUAAUGUGCCACAGUGUCAGUGUGAGAAAUUGAAGUGGACUACACGAGAUAUGAGGAGAUUUGUUGCCUUGGGUUUAAUCUGCUGGCUGGGAUGGAUGUCCAGAACAAACGCUCAGUUUCCACGGGUCUGCUGUACAGUUGAGGAUAUUGUGUCCAAACAAUGCUGUCCGGCCCUGGGUUCAGACCCAGCAAAUGUGUGUGGAAUUCUGUCCGGCAGAGGAAACUGCAGCGAUAUUCCUGUGGACACUAAACCUUGGAGUGGACCAUACAGAUUAAAGAACGUGGACGAUCGGGAAAACUGGCCAACCAAAUUCUUCAACCGUACUUGUCGAUGCUUUGGUAACUUUGCUGGUUAUAACUGCGGCGAGUGUAAAUUUGGCUGGACCGGGCCGAACUGUGACCAGCGCAAAGCUCCUGUUGUGAGGAAGGACAUCCACUCGCUGAGUCCAGAUGAACUCCAGGAGUUCUUGAAUGUUCUGGAUUUGGCCAAAACCACCAUUCACCCAGAUUAUGUCAUUGCCAGACAGCACUGGCUGGGUCUGCUGGGAUCAAACGGAACCGAGCCUCAGAUCAACAACAUUUCAAUUUAUGAUUUCUUUGUUUGGCAACACUAUUACUCUGUUCGAGACACAUUGUUAGGUCCGGGACGGCCUUUCAAAGCCAUCGACUUUUCCCAUAAGGGUCCAGCAUUCAUUACCUGGCACAGAUAUCACCUGUUGAGUCUGGAGCGAGAACUGCAGAAACUUACAGGGAAUGACAACUUUGCUGUACCGUACUGGAACUUUGCUACAGGUCAGACCGAAUGUGAUGUCUGUACAGACUCGAUGCUCGGUGGGCAGGACCCCGGAGAUCCGUCUCGUAUCAGCCCACAAUCCAGAUUUGCACGCUGGGGAGUUGUGUGUGACAGUUUGGAUGAAUAUAAUCAGCUGGUGACUCUGUGCAAUGGGACCAGGGAAGGUUUUCUGCGCAGGGGAAUCCUGAACAGAACCGAUGUGACUUUACCAACCAUGAAUGAUGUGAGAAACUGCCUGAACCUCAGCGACUUUGACAGUCCACCAUACUUCACCAACUCAACCUUCAGCUUCAGGAAUGCUUUGGAAGGCUAUGACAGACCAGAUGGAGAGCUGGACACCAGUUCUGUGGCCAACCUGCACAACCUGGUGCACCUGUUUCUCAAUGGUACCAGUGCAGCGUCACACUCGGCUGCUAAUGACCCAAUCUUUCUGGUGCUGCACGCUUUCACCGACGCCAUAUUUGAAGAAUGGAUGAGACGUUCCCGUGAAAACUCAAGCUUCCCAGAUGAGAUGGCUCCCAUCGGACACAACCGGCAUUACAACAUGGUUCCAUUUUUCCCGCCUGUGACCAACGAGGAGAUUUACAUCACAUCUGAACAGCUGGGCUACUCCUACGCCAUUGAACUCGAAGAAACAGAGAACAGGUCUGUUGUCUUUAUUCUGGGAAGCACACUCGGAGGAAUAUUUCUUGGCUUACUUCUCUUACUUCUGUUGUCGGUGUUGUACGUGCAGCAGAGGAGAAAACGCGAGUUUGAGCCUCUUCUCAAAGCCCAAUUCACUUCUGCGAAAUACACUGAGGAGGCAUAGUGAAGUUUCUGUACUUUUUACUGAACUCAUAUCAGAUUUGGUGCAGUGACUUCUGACUCCACCCUGUUGUCAAGCUGAAAUGUAACCUCAUAACUCUGGAAACAGCUUUUGAAUCAGAAACACACACACUAUCAGAAAAAAAAAGUUUUACCUUUUUGUCACUAAUGUCCUUAUAUGUAUACUUUAAGGUACCAGUAUGUAUCUCUAAACUACCAGCGUGUACCUUAGAGCUACCAGUAUGUACCAAAAGUGUACUUUUUGAAAAGGUAACCCCCCAGUGACAACUUUUCCCUUCAUGUAUCUUUACGAGUGCACAUAGGAUGCCUUUGAAUGGUGCCUAGAAAGCUCACUAGGUUUGGUGUUUUUAUAUGAUGAUUAAAAAGUUUAGUAUAUGUUUCUGUGUGCUAGCAAAUAAAGUUGUAAAAUAAGCAAAUCAAGAGAAAUAUUUGACUAAAAAGAAAUAAUGAUUGCAUUAUAUGUCCAUUAAUAUAUGAUCUUAUUUUCGUCUGUUAUGUUUAUCAUGUUUCUAAUAAAAAUGUAAU